AUGGCUUCUGAAAGUCUGCCCAAGCGCAUUGGCAGGCCUUUGAAUAGCUUAACCCAUACCGAUGCUCAUGAAGAGGCUUUGAUAUUUAGCCAUCCGCCUUAUCCAACCGAGAUGUCAUACCAAACGAAUGGGGCCGAGGACGGAAUUGUUUAUACACCAAAGACUGACGACUUAUCAGAGUCAAAUGAGAACAACACAGAGCAGCUGAUUAUGGAUUCCCAUUGCCCACUUCGGCAAGGAGACAUUAAGAGUAUAGGCCACGGCACAAACGAGUGUUUAAGCCAGAGAGACUUAGGUAUAUGGGGGAAGAGCUGGAAGCUUAAUUAUGCCAAUACCUCUACUCAUACGAGGCCCAUAACCAGUGGAGAUGGAUCACAAGAAGGCCAAUAUCAACCCACUUCGACCCCAACCUCAUCAUGUCCGCAAUGCAGUAGCCCCUUGAUGACAACAUCCAGAGGACAGCUUGGUCAAGUUCCUUUCUGUCAGAAUUGGCAAUCAACUUCAAUAUCGGACGGUGUCGAAACUAGUCCCGGUGAUGGCAGUAUUUAUCCGCCUUUUGAAUGGCAGAUAACAUCUGGCGCUGACGUCUUGCCCCUUGCCGCUUCAGCUUUGGGUGAGCUUGAGAGAUGCGGUGCGAACACUGAACCUCAAGCAUCAGGGUAUCUUGUGUCUGAAGGCAUCACAGGGUGUAUGGAGCAGAACGAGACUGGAUAUUACCCAUAUUGCGGCCAAAACAUGCCCUAUCCAAACAUCCCUUACUCUGGCUCUCAAUCGUACCCGUGGACAGAUGUUUCUUGUUCAAACGUGAUAUGCAUACCAGCUCAGCACCCAAGUUCAUCAUGGGACAUGAAUAAAGAUAGUCACAGUACUGAUCAUGGCUUUUACUGCGGCCCGGAGUCACCUUCCUCUUCAGCACUAUCAAGUGGGGCAGCGCCAGACGUUUCACUCACAGCGACAAACCCCAAAUCCCUGGUCCGUAUUGAAAGCAACACAUACCCCGAAGAGGCUGACAUAGAGAGUUCAAGCGAAUGGCAAUCCCGAGCUAGCUCCAGCACGGACGCAGACAUAGCGAGUCGAUUUACACUCAAUAGUGGCUCUGACGAAGAUCACGCUGGGAGAAAAGGGUAUCGCAUAUAUUCUCACCGAAAUGACAAACGAGAUGCAUUUUUGAUAGAGUGUAAGCUCGCGGGAAUGUCUUAUAAGGAGAUUAAGGAGAAAGGGAACUUCACCGUAGCAGAGUCAACUUUGCGAGGCCGUUUUCGAAGUUUGACAAAAAAGAAGGAACUUCGAGUCCGGAAGCCUGGCUGGCAGGAUAGUGAUUUGAGAUUACUUUGCGAGGCCGUGAGACGAUUCGCCGAGCCUCAUAUCACUCCAGAUAUGGGUGAAGAACUGCUGCCACCGAAAAUUUCCUGGAAACAAGUUGGAGACUAUAUUUGGAUGAAAGGUGGUUCAUAUCACUUUGGUAAUGCAACUUGUAAGAAGAAAUGGGCGGAACUGCAGCGCAAUCACGCGUAUGUUCAAAAUGUGGUAUUCAAUCGUGCAUUUUAG